UUUCAAUCCACGGUGCCACCUGCGCCAGCUACACGAGAGAGUUCACUGAUGCCAGCCACGCCAACGUCAGCAACGAUGAGGCAGGUGCCCACAGCAGAAACCCCGGUUGGCGAAGAGGUGAUAAGGACUUGUGUCACUCCAAAGAGGGUGCGGGGAGUCCAGUUAGCACUCAGAAAAGAGAACGAGCGACACAGAUGUGCAGUGAAGCUACUGCCAUACUUCUUCACUGAUGAAGAAUUAAUCAGCAGCAACACAGACGGUACUCAUGGCAAACUGUCUUUAGAUAGAAACAAGUUAAAUUCUUUAAAAGUGUUAGUGUUUAGCAAGUUUCCAGUGGAAUCUGCUGUCGAAAAAGAGAAACUGUGGAAAUUUAUUAAGACAAAGAUUAAUGAUAGAUGUCGUGCUCUUAAGUUUGCUAAAAGGGGACACUAA